AUGGCGCGUCUUCCACCGCCCACACUCAAAACGAAUAAGAAAGAUAAGAAACCGCCUAAAGAUAACUCCAAAAAUGUUAUGCGGAAUCUUCACAUCAGAAAAUUGUGUCUGAACAUCUGUGUAGGAGAAUCUGGUGACAGAUUAACACGUGCUGCUAAGGUGUUGGAACAGCUUACUGGCCAACAGCCUGUCUUUUCUAAGGCAAGGUACACUGUAAGGUCUUUUGGUAUCCGUCGUAAUGAGAAGAUUGCUGUACAUUGCACAGUUCGUGGAGCCAAGGCUGAAGAGAUCCUUGAAAGGGGUUUGAAAGUUAGAGAAUAUGAAUUAAGGCGUGACAAUUUCUCAGCUACUGGUAACUUUGGCUUUGGUAUUCAAGAACACAUUGACUUGGGUAUCAAAUAUGAUCCUUCUAUUGGUAUCUAUGGUCUUGACUUCUAUGUCGUCUUAGGAAGGCCAGGUUUCAAUGUAGCGCAUAGAAGACGCAAGACUGGUAAGGUUGGAUUUCCUCAUCGUCUAACAAAGGAGGAUGCUAUGAAGUGGUUCCAACAGAAAUACGAUGGUAUCAUUCUUAACAGCAAAAAG